AGCUUCGAGAACAUUGGCGUCACCGUUCGCCCGCCAUUCUCCUGCCGCCAUCUUGAGCAUAUGAUCAUUGUUCAUAGUCGUUGAGCUCACGAAUAAAUUGUGGAAAAAUUUGCUAAAUCGCAUUGAAAUUUCAUAAAAGUCAAAUAUGGCACGUACUAAGCAGACUGCUCGAAAAUCUACGGGAGGUAAAGCACCCCGUAAACAGCUGGCUACAAAAGCCGCGCGUAAAUCUGCACCUAGUACUGGUGGAGUGAAGAAGCCCCAUCGCUACCGCCCCGGAACAGUGGCCCUUCGUGAAAUUCGUCGUUACCAGAAGUCCACCGAGUUGCUGAUCCGCAAACUGCCUUUCCAACGACUUGUGAGAGAAAUUGCUCAGGACUUCAAAACUGAUCUUCGUUUCCAGUCUGCCGCCAUUGGCGCUCUGCAGGAGGCCAGUGAGGCUUAUCUGGUGGGCCUGUUUGAAGACACCAACUUGUGCGCCAUCCAUGCCAAGCGUGUCACCAUCAUGCCUAAAGACAUCCAGCUUGCCCGACGAAUCCGUGGCGAGCGUGCUUAAAUUUAUCUUAUAGUGGUACCUUAUCGUAAAUUAUUUGUAAUUCAAAUAGACAUAAUUCCAUAACAUUUUUAUAAUGUCUCACAUUUAAUUCGUCUUAACAUAGUAAUCAUUAUAAUAAGGAGGCAGAACUGAAUUUUUUUUUAUAAAUAAUAAUAUGUUCUUUUUUAAGUAAGUUUUAUUAUGAUUUUGGACAAGAUUUUGUUGUAAUUUGAAAUUAACAUUUCUCAUCCAUACUGCCAAUUUCCCAACUUCAUGAAUCAUGCUCAUCUACUGAUGAUAUUUGUCUUUUAAUUGUUCUACAUCAAUUUCUUGUGCAAAGUCAUAAUCUUUUUAGUGACUCGUGGUAUAUUAACGUCUAGGUAGUGAAUAGGUAAAAUUGUCUGCCACAUGUCUGUGU